GCUAUCUUUCACUGUACAGUUUAGUCCUUCUACACUUGAAGUUCUUCAUCAAUAAUUGAGGAAUUUGAGUUAACUAUAAAGGCUUUUAUACAUGUUUAUUUUUGUGUAGUGUGAAUAAAUAUUUAACAUCAACUCCUUUUCAGUCUAUAGGGUCUGAAGUCAUGCUCUUAUAAGGGAGAGUGACGAGUGUAGCAGGUACCAUGAAAGCAGAGGGGAGUGAGUAUGUAUAUCCUGAGCUGAGAAGGAAGGAGAGGAAAGAAGUUUGGGAAGCUUCCAUAGAAGCAGUCUGGACAUCUCACCAGUAGACAGGCCAAAAUCUCAACAAGUUCGAACUUCCAGUACAAUAAGGCGAACUUCUUCCUUGGAUACGAUAACAGGACCUUACCUCACAGGACAGUGGCCUCGAGAUCCUCAUGUUCACUACCCUUCAUGCAUGAAAGAUAAAGCCACUCAGACACCUAGCUGUUGGGCAGAAGAGGGAACAGAGAAGAGGUCCCAUCAGCGUUCUGCAUCAUGGGGCAGUGCUGAUCAACUCAAAGAGCAGAUUGCCAAACUGAGGCAGCAGCUACAACGCAGUAAACAAAGUAGUCGGCACAGUAAGGAGAAAGAUCGACAGUCACCUCUCCAUGGCAACCAUAUAACAAUCAGUCACACUCAGGCUACCGUAUCAAGGUCAGUCCCUGUGCCACUGUCAAAUAUAUCAGUGCCAAAAUCAUCAGUUUCACGUGUGCCCUGCAAUGUGGAAGGAAUAAGUCCUGAGUUGGAAAAGGUAUUCAUUAAAGAAAAUAGUGGGAAGGAGGAAGUGUCCAAGCCUUUGGACGUACCCGACGGUCGAAGAGCUCCCCUCCCCGCGCACUACCGGAGCAGUAGCACUCGCAGCAUUGACACGCAGACGCCUUCUGUCCAGGAGCGCAGCAGUAGCUGCAGCAGUCACUCACCUUGUGUGUCCCCCUUUUGUCCUCCGGAGUCCCAGGAUGGUAGCCCUUGUUCAACAGAAGAUUUACUCUAUGACCGUGAUAAAGACAGUGGGAGUAGCUCACCGUUACCCAAGUAUGCUUCAUCUCCCAAACCAAACAACAGCUACAUGUUCAAACGCGAGCCCCCAGAGGGAUGUGAGCGAGUGAAGGUCUUUGAGGAAAUGGCGUCUCGUCAGCCUAUCUCGGCCCCUCUCUUUUCAUGUCCUGACAAAAACAAGGUUAAUUUCAUCCCAACCGGAUCAGCUUUCUGUCCUGUGAAACUUCUAGGCCCUCUCUUACCUGCCUCUGACCUGAUGCUCAAGAAUUCUCCUAACUCUAGCCAGAGCUCCGCUCUGGCAACUCUGACCGUUGAGCAGCUCUCGUCCCGCGUUUCCUUCAUGUCUCUGUCUGAUGAUACCAGCACAGCAGGCUCCAUAGAGGCCUCUGUCCAGCAGCCAUCUCAGCAACAGCAGCUCCUGCAGGAACUGCAGAGUGAGGAACACAUCUCUGCUCAGAACUAUGUUGUCAUCUAAGGCAGAGCGGGAGCUGGCCUCCACCCCGUGUUCUAAGAACUGGGAACAAGACCUCAGACAUCUAUCUGCAUGGAGUGACAAACUUUCUGAGUACCACCACCGACCACAAAAUACUUAUCAGCAUCAUAAAGUAUCUCUUAACACUGAUCUUUGGCAGGGACGGAACUCCUAUCCAGCAGUUUUUGUGGAAAGCAUAAUGCUUGCAAAAUGUAUGUGUCAUUCAGCAUUUUAAUUGGAGACUAUGCAUUUCAUAGUAUGUUUGACAGAUUAGUACAAUGUCCUGUGUUUUGUUCCAAAUUCUUCAGUAUAAAUAAGCUCUAAUAUCAAAAAAGUUGCCUGUCUAAAUAGAAAAUGUCUUGCUGUGUUUUGUCCUAUGGAAAAUACUGUACUUCAGAAUUAUGUUUACAAUCGAUCCAGGUGUUUGUUUCUAAUUUCUGUAAUACAUACAAUGCAAAAAAAAAAAUGGCCACAACAGUUGCACAGUGCCCACCCUAUGGCCUAGCUUCAGGUACUUCAGUUGAAGUCUAACUCAGGUAAUUUGGAAUGUAUAUCAUAUUGGGAUAUUAAAUAUUUCACAGCUACAAAGCUAAAGAGGGAACAUCACUCUUUUGCCUUUCCUUAUUUUGUGCAUUUCCCUUUCCUCAUUCCAUUCCAUAUUCUUAGAAUAAGAAGUGCAUUCAGCCCUAGGUGAGUGAUAGCCCUGGACAUGGGUGAACUUGAGGAGAACCAGCAAUCUGUGGUGUGUGACAUCACUUUUUCAUGUGGUUACGAGUCAAACAGCAUUGCAUUCCCUGUUUCAACAUGUGUAAAUGUGGCAUUUUUGAAAGUUCAGGUGUUCAGUUAAGGACUGUUACAAUUUUGCAAACCAAGUGUUCAGUACUAGAUUAUACAUAAAACAUUCCACAUCAUGUGUGAUGAAAUUUAAAAACAAUGUCUAGGUGUAAUUUCAAAUUUAAUUUCAAAACAAGCAAAAUUUCACAGAGGAUAGUUGAGGGUUUUUUUGUUUUUUUGUGGGUUUUUUUGGCCAUCAGCAUAGUAAUUGCUACCAUUUUUAUCUAAAGACUAUGUUUAGUUUCUGUUUUGGAAAUUCUUUAAUUUGAAGGCUAGAACAUGACACGCUUAUUUUCAUCAUGCAGUUUGGGUGCAUGAGUUUCAUUCACAUAGAAUACACAGUCUCAGAAUUAAUGCAGCAUAAAUAGGCUAUUAGUCACUUACAAACUCAUUUAAGCCUCACAUAAUACUGUCAAGAGUUUUGUUAAAAGUUUGGAUGUACAAAGUAGAGCAUAAACCCAAGUAGUCUUGAACUUGCAGACUUGCCAUAAGUUCUCCACAAAGUGUGAAGAGAGCCCUAGAUAUUCUUGAUCGGUUAGUGACUGGGACGGCUUAACUAUCCGGCAUUGUUUUCUGUAAUGUACAGUAUCCAAAAAUAAAGAGAAGCUUUGAUAUUUUUAUUCCAUUGUUUUCAGCUCAGUAAACCUAGAAUUGUCUCAUCUGCACCUGAAAUGUAUGGCACAUGCUUUUCUUUAAGAAUUCAUGGGGGAAAAAAAAGAAUUCAUGGAACAAGGUGCCUACAGUUAAAAGAAUGUUUCAGUUCAUUCCUGGGACUUUUUUGUUGUUGUUGUUUUAAGAAGGUUGAAGAAGGAUGAAGCAAAUAGAAGAAUGCAACACCAUUGUUUUUUUAAGAAAUAUUUUAUAUAUAUAUGUAUAUGUUUGUGUGUGUGUGUGUGCAUUCAGUGUAAUAUUUUGUCAUGAUCCGAAUCUCUCCUUUCCACCAAAGUUUGCAGUAAUAUUCUCUCCUGAAGGUGCACUCUAGCUCCUUUAAAUUAGUCAGUGUUAUAGGAGACUGUCAUGGAGAAAAGGACUGUUUACUUUUGCCAUUUUCACAGGGGAAACUUUUAAAGCAACCUUUUCAGCAGCUGACACCUUUAACCCUAAUAAUCUCAGGCCUUGAUGAAAAUACUAUAUUUUGUAGAUUAUGGUUAAAGGGAGAGAAUUCUUAGUUCCGUAAGAUAAAUAUGAGCUCCAUUUAACUUCUGAUAUCUAGUUUAACAUUACAUGAUAUGUUGAUCUUACGCUGUGCUUUUGUCCAAAUAAGAUGCAAUAGUAUCAAUUUCAGAAAGAUGGAAUGAUUAUGCUUUUUUUUGGUGAUGAUAUCUGAUGUAUGAUAUUUAUAGUGAUGUGCUUUUAUUUUCUCAUGAGAAACUAAAUAUUGUGUUGUACAUUUGUUCUUAGCAUAUAUUAAAGUUUUGAACCAAAUUUGUAAAAGCUUAUGCUUUGCCAUGUAAAUUUCCCAGAAGUUGUUGAGCUCAAAUGUAUCCUACAUUCAGCUGUAGAAAUUUGUCAGAAAUUGUUUAAAUUUUGUAUAUAGUUGUACUGUUUAAUUUUAGCCACUGUGCUGAACAGUAUUUGAGUUAUCAUACAAUAUGGCUUUACACAAGGAAAGUGUGGCUUCUGUUUUGUAUUUUUU